AUGACGUGCAGGAUGAGUUAUUCGUUGUUUGGUUUCCUCAUCUGUCAGGACAAUAUAAGGGAUAGAGAAGAGUUUAAGAAUAAGAGGGCUAAGGCAUUGGGGGAUGAAUCCAGGCAGCAAAAGAGAAUUGCAAACCGGUCUUCUUACCAACACAAGAAGAAAGGACCUUCUCCAUCAUUUGUUGGUGCUCCUACAACAAGAAACAAAUGUAAGUACAAUAGUCAGAAUUCCGUGAAUUUCAGAGCUAGACCUGCAAAGUCGCAAAGUAGUAUGGCACAAGGGGGUACUAAGAAUCCUGCAUGUGCUGAGUAUGGUAGGAACAACUCAGGGAUAUGUCGUGAUGGCUCUACUGGUUGCUUCAAGUAUGGACAGAAUGGUCAUUUCAUGCGAGAAUGUCCAAAGAACAAGCAGGGUAGUGGUAAUAGGGGCAAUAGAGCUCAGUCUUCUUCAGUCGCUCCACCAGACAAAGCAGCACCUAGAGGGGCUACUUCUGAUACAGGUAACCAGGAUAGCAUCCAGUGUUUCGUUGAUCUAGUUGAGCAUCCAGAUUCUUGUGCUACAAUCACUGGAUGUGUUUGUGCUCCAUGA